GAUCCGCGCCCUGGGAGUGGCUUGCGGCUGGGGAGGGUGACCCAAAGCGAGUGUCAAUUCUCAUCACAGUCCCGCGAUCCAGGGCCAAGUGCAGGGGCGGGAGGGCCAAGGUGGGCACCGGGUCGCCACCUCGAGCGCCCCUGCGGUGGCCCAGGGCAAGGGCGCACGGGUAGCCGAGAGUCCGAGGGCGCCGUGGGAGUCCGCGUCCGGAUCCCUGCACCCGCCCGAGGGCGCAGCCCGCCGCGCAGUGGGAGGCAGCGAGGCGGGGACCGGGCGGGGACCAGGCGGGGGCGGAGCGGAGCUUCCCGCCGCCUCGUCGCCUUCGUCCUCCUACUCUGAGCCGCCGCCUCAGCCCGGCAGAGCAGCGGGAGUCCGCGGCGCCCGCUCGCUGCCGCGGGAUGGGGAGCUAGCGCCACGGCGGCCGCGGUGGCCGCAGCACAGCCAGCCGCCGCCCCCGGGCCUGUCCCGUCGGGUGCUCCGGGAGCCCCGAGCCCGGCCCCGAGCCAGGCCCACGGGCGGCGGCGGCGGCAGAGCUGGGCAGGUGUCUGCGGCUGGAAGAUGGCGCCCUCGGGCUCGGGCGGCGUGAGGCGGCGGUGCCGGCGGGUGCUCUACUGGAUCCCGGUGGUGUUCAUCAGCUUGCUGCUGGGCUGGUCCUACUACGCCUACGCCAUCCAGCUGUGCAUAGUGUCCAUGGAAAACAUUGGUGAACAAGUUGUGUGCCUCAUGGCUUAUCAUCUACUUUUUGCAAUGUUUGUCUGGUCAUACUGGAAAACCAUUUUUACAUUGCCCAUGAAUCCUUCAAAAGAAUUCCAUCUCUCUUAUGCAGAGAAAGAAUUGCUGGAGAGAGAGCCAAGAGGAGAAGCCCAUCAGGAAGUUCUGAGGCGAGCAGCCAAAGACCUUCCCAUCUACACCAGGACCAUGUCCGGCGCAAUCCGAUAUUGUGACAGAUGCCAACUUAUAAAACCAGACCGCUGUCAUCAUUGUUCCGUCUGUGAUAAAUGUAUUUUGAAGAUGGAUCAUCAUUGCCCAUGGGUGAACAAUUGUGUUGGAUUUUCAAACUACAAAUUCUUCCUUCUUUUCUUGGCUUACUCUCUGCUGUACUGCCUUUUCAUUGCUGCUACCGAUUUACAGUAUUUUAUCAGAUUUUGGACAAAUGGUCUGCCUGAUACUCAAGCCAAGUUCCAUAUUAUGUUUUUAUUCUUUGCUGCAGCUAUGUUUUCUGUCAGCUUGUCCUCUCUGUUUGGUUAUCAUUGCUGGCUAGUCAGCAAAAAUAAAUCUACUUUAGAGGCAUUCAGAAAUCCAGUAUUUAGACACGGAACAGAUAAGAACGGAUUCAGCUUGGGUUUCAGUAAAAACAUGAGACAAGUGUUUGGUGAUGAGAAGAAAUACUGGCUGUUACCAGUAUUUUCAAGUCAAGGUGAUGGCUGUUCCUUUCCAACUUGCCUUGUUAACCAGGAUCCUGAACAACCUUCUACUCCUGCGGGACUAAAUUCAACAGUGAAAAAUCCUGAAAACCACCAGUUUCCUGCAAAGCCUCUGAGAGAGUCCCAGAGCCAUCUCCUUAAGGAUUCUCAGACCUGGACAGAGAGCAGCGCAAACCCUGGGAAGGGCAAAGCCGGUAUGAGCAACCCUGCAUUAACUAUGGAGAACGAGACUUAGUUCUACAAUCAAAAUAAAACCACUCUUGUAAAACAUUAGAAGAAUGCUCUUCUGUUCAACCCCCGAGAACUGGAGUUGCAGAUGACAGUGAACCACCAUGGAGAUGCUCAGAAAUAAAGCCAGGUCUUCUGUAAGAGCAACAAGUGUGCUCAACCAAUGAGCCGUCUCUCUCCAGUCCCAGUCAAAGAACAAAUUUGAUAACAGCUCUAAAAAAAAAAUAAGAACUAUAAAAACUCCAUUGAAAUUAAAUGGAUUUUGAAAUACAAUUUUUAUUGCACUUUGCAUCAAAAUAAAGUGAAGAACUGAAGAAAAACAUUUCCAAUGAGAAUUUAUAAAGAAUAUACAUUUAAUUUGUAUGACUUAAUUCUAUCUAUCUAUCUAUCUAUCUAGGUUUUCAAGACAGGGUUUGAAUUCACAGAGGUCCACUUGCCUCUGCCUCCUAAAUGCUGGGAUUAAAGGCAUUUGCCACCACCACCACCUGGAUGUUUUUAAAAUUAUUUUUAUUGUAUGAAGGUUUUAGCUAUGUGUAUGUCUGUUUGCCCAUGUGUCCCUGGUCCCUGUGGAGAUCAGAAGAGGUUAUCAGAUGCCCUGGGACAGUUACACACGUUUGGGAACAACUGUGUGGGGGCUGGGAGUAGAACCUGGGUCCUAUUCAAGAACAGCCAGUGCUCUUAACCACUGAACCAUCUCUCAGACCUUUAAUAUCUUUUAAUUUUUUUAGGCACAUGCAUAUGUGUGUGCGUGUGGUGUGCACACGCAGUCACCAUGCCAUCUGUGAAAGUAAGAGGGUCUCUUUAAAGAGCUGUUCUUACCUUUCAUCUUGAAGCAGGGUCUCUUUUGUUUCUGCUGCUACUGCUGCUCCAUACUCACUCCAAGGCUAUCCUUGAGCUCUUCUGCAGGUUCAGUGCUGGGAUUGCAAAUGCACACUUUGGAUCCAGCUCUUUAUAUGGACUCCAGAAGUUAAACUCGAGUUAUCAGACUAAUAGUUUUACUCACUGAGCCAUUUCUGCCAGCCCUCAUUUAAACUUUAAUAGCACCUAGAGUACGGAACAACUUGGAAGGCUUCUGAUUUAAAGGAUUCGUCUUUGCUGAAAACUAACGCAGUAAAGGUAUUGUUUUGCUUUGUAAUUUUAAGGCAAACUUGUUAAGGAACUCUGCCAAACUUAUAAUAAAAGCUGAUAGCCAAAGUCACUGCCCCAGUAGUUGACUGAGGACAAGUUCUCAUUCAGAAAAAUUGCUCUUAACCCUAAAUUUAAAAAUUACAACAAAAAUCCCAGUGUGGUCAUGCAUAUCUUUCAUCCCUGAACUCAGAAGAUAGGAGGGAGGGGGGAUCUCUUUGAGUACAUAGUGAGUUUGAGGACAGCCAUAAUUACAUACUCAAACUUUGGGCUUUUGGGUUGUUGUUUUUCCUUCAGACAGAUUUUCUGUGUAGACUUGGCUCUUCUGGAUUUCACUCUGUAGACCAGGCUAGCAUCCAACUCAGAGAUACACCUGCCUCUGCCUCCCAUGUGUUGGGAUUAAAGGCGUGAGCCACCACAGCCUGACUUUUUUUUUUUUUUUUUUGAGACCCUGUCUUCAAAAAAAGAAAGGAAUAAAAGUGUCUUAGGGUUUCUGUUCCUGCACAAACAUCAUGACCAAGAAGCAAGUUGGGGAGGAAAGGGUUUAUUCAUCUUACACUUCCAUACUGUUGUUCAUCACCAAGGAAGUCAGGACUGGAACUCAAGCAGGUCAGGAAGCAGGAGCUGAUGCAGAGGCCAUGGAGAGAUGUUCUUUACUGAUUUGCUUCCCCUGGCUUGCUCAGCCUGCUCUCUUAUAGAACCCAAGACUCCCAGCCCAGAGAUGGUCCCACCCACAAGGGGCCUUUCCCCUUGAUCACUAAUUGAGAAAAUACCCCACAGCUGGAUCUCAUGGAGGCAUUUCCCCAACUGAAGGUCCUUUCUCUGCGAUAACCCCUUCACUUAUGGAUACUGAAAUUGGAAUUUCAUAUAAUUUACAUGUUAGGACAUGUUCUGCACACAGUCUAACCAUUUAAAAAAUGGUUUUUAAAUUCUCAGUUUGCAAGACACAAAAGUACAGCAGAUUGCCUUAUAGACCAGUUCAACCUUUCUUCUGUAAAGACUGGUGAUUCCAGAUGACUGGAUCAAAUGUAUUCAAAGCUGAGAUUUUAGUAAGGUUUUAACAGUCCUGAGCAAAAGUGACUUCUAGAGAAGAAAGCCAAAUUGAUACAAAUCAGGAAACUCAGCAACAGAUGCGGAACAAGCAGUUCCAGUUUCUGAGAGGAAGGUGAAAAAGAAACCAUAGAACACUGCUUCAUCUUGGAUUUUCAAAAUAAGUCACAGUAAGGUUGUGCUAAGUAUACUUAGUUUGUAAGUCUUAAAAAAGCAAAAGACAGAGAUUCCCUUCUAUCCUUUCUGGAGGUUAAAGGGGAUUGAAGCCAGGGUUUUCUACUCUUAUCAAACUCAAGAUCCUCCUUGGAUCUCCCCAAUGCUAGGUGUUCCUGGGGAGAUAAAAUUAGUCCUCUUCCUAGGGUUCCAAGGACAAACCAUGGCCCACCUUCACUCUGAGGAAACACUGAGUUUGUGGAGUUUCCUUACAGAGCAUAAUGUGAGGGUUACCAGCAAUGGUAUGGAUACUCCUUUCAACAGUUGUAAUUAGAAAGUCUUUACCAAACAGGGAGGAGGGCUUCUCAUUAUCUGCAUAUACUCCUUUCCCCUAAUCUUCCAGGUCUCUAACCUCUAGCCUCUCCCAGGACGUGUACAACUAAGGAAAAGCUGCGCAACAGUAUAGUGUCUGGAUACUCAAGUGAGGCUAUUUUGGCCUUCUCCAUCCUGCCUAAACGGGAUGUAAUCAGAUAAAGACCAGCAUGGAAAAAUCCUUUUGCAAGGGAGUGCAGCUGAACACACCAAGACAGUGGAAAUUGACUCAGGACAGUCACUCACAACAGCAGGAUUACGGAUGUGAGCUUCUACACCCAGAGACUUCUAAUUUCUUUCAGUCAGGUAAUUAACAAAGGGCAAGGAAAGGAAUACAGUUGAUACAAAGGGGUCAGAGUGCCAGGCUUUAUGGCCCAGGCUCUGGGCUGGAGAACUGAUUUAUGGAUCAGCUGGCCUUACUGCAACUUUGAACACUAAUAAAAACUAAACCAAUCUUUUGAGAACACACACACCACCUAGUGAAGUCCUGUUACCCAAAGAAAAUGGCUCAAGUAUUCAACACUUCUAAAUAAGAGCCCCAAAACCAAAGCCAUCAGUCACAACCAUAUAGGAAAACAUUUUUGAAGCCUUUAUUUACAAAAGCUUUAAAAACAAAUAAUACCCUCUGUUUUGCAAAUAAUGUUUAGUUUAAAAAGGACCGCCCAGGUACAGCAUUUUCAUAUCAUGUUUACAGAAUGUACAAGGGAAACGAACUAUGUUGCUAACAGUUGGAGACUUGCUAAUAUCGAUUGAAGUGUAGAUAACACACAUUACAACUUGUAGUCCAUCACUUCAGGGUAGAGUUAAUGUUCACCAAAAUCUUCCAACACAUGCUCUGGUCUGGUCACAUAUUCUGCAUGGCUAAAUAUUUCACAGUCUCUUGUCAAUAUAUAUAAAAUAGAUUGCAAAGAUAUACACAAAAAAAUAAACAAGCAUUACACUCCUCAGGUAAUUUUAUUAGCUAUAUAUGUGUGUAUUUAUAUAUAUUUUUUGCAUUUUGUUGUUUUGCACCAAAUCUCUCCAUUAUUUAUUUUUGUAGCAUUUAUGAAAUCACAUUUAUUUUGUAUUUUUAUUGAUAUAAAAUGUACCUUAAGACUUGUUAUCUUUGGACUUUAAUGAAAUUGAUUUGUGUAGUUAACAAAUCAAGAACAUCAUAAAUAUGUUU